AUGCUGAGCAGUAGAAGCACCGAUCAGCCGCCAACAAGCCGAAAGCCCCGACACACGAAACCUCGUCGUGGCUCCGUAGUCGAGUGGAUUAAUGGACUAUCGGAUAACAAUGUGUCCAGGGACAGUGAAUGGGAAAGGCAAAACUUUAGCGCAUGCUCAUCACCGCGCUUGACCCGUCAUGGAAGUGUGGUUUCCGUCGGAGAGACACUGCCGGAUGAAGCCACUAAGCAUCGCAUUGAUCUUCUGACUGCCCUCAAAAAAGAGGUGAAAGUCAUAAUGGAAGAAGCGGUGACCAAGCGACAAAUUGACAUCAACUCUCCAUAUGUCACCUCAUUAUGUGCACCAGUUAGUCAAGCCUGUACAGAUGGGAAAGGCUGGGUUACCUCAACCCAGUCCGACUCGAAAAGUAUGCAAGUCGGUGUGCUGCAUCAAUCGCCAUCACUAAGAACUGCUAAUUAUUAG